AUUUAUAUUUUUUCACCUUUAUUCUAGGUUUCUGAAAGGAAUAUAAUUUUAUUAAUUACCUAUUGUUAACAUAUACAGACAGAAAAGGAGAUCUGGAUGUGAAAGUGACGACUUCAGUAUCAUUACUUCUCUCUGCUGUUGUCGACGUCGUUAAACCUCGACGCAAUCAGGAAGUCCGGGCAUUUCCCCAGUCAUGACACAAAAGUUGAAUGAACGGUGGAUACGUCACUUUUUAAUCAGAAAAUAAUCAUGUGUCACGUUGUUUAAAGUUAAUAGGUCAUUUACUGAUAAAUUUUCUUCACUAUUGCGAGCUAAUACCGUCCUGCAGUCGUGAUUGUUGACCCGGAGCACCAGGAUCUUCGCUUCGCGGGUGACAGGGAUGGAUGGUCCUCAUCUCACUGAAGAUGAAAUGGCAGAGAUUAAAAAAGACGUGCUGACCAGACUGCGACCCUACCUCUGUGACAAGAUCAGAGCAGAUCGCCACCUGGACUAUCUGCGUUCUCGCCGGAUCCUAACCCGAGAUGAUGCAGAAGAAAUCAGCUGCAGGACCACACAGAGCAAGAGGACGGCCACACUGCUGGACAUCCUGGCGGAGAACCCACGUGGUCUGGAUGCCCUGAUUGACUCCAUCCGGGAGAUGCGCUCACAAAACUUCAUAAUCGCUAGGAUCACAGAUGAGGUGCAAAAGUCUAAAAAUGAGAAGAUAGAGUCUCUCAGAGCAGGAGCGUCUUCUUCUUCAUCUGACAACACCUUUAGUUCCCCAACCACAACCAGCGACCUCCCCACUACAUUUUCAAACAACUCCACCCUCCUUUUCCACCCAGACGGAGAGCGUAGCCCUUCCAAUUCCGAUGUGGCAGGCUCACUCAAUGUGCCACCUUUACAGAAGUGUGGAGACCUGCCCUCUGUGGCUGGCACUAGCAUCGGCGUAGCAUCCUCAACAUCCAGCCUCCCCAAGCCAGGAGACCCAGGAGCCCCUCCACUUCCAGACGAGGUAAUGGUGGAACCCCCCUCAAACAUAGAUGCCUCAUCGUCAGGGUGCACCAGUGGCGGAGGGGACCCAAAUUUCCAGCCUCUCCGGUCACGUUCUCUCACUCCAACAUCACAAAGGAACAUCUUUUAAGUUUGCAGGUCUCAUUAAGACACUUCUCAUAGUUGUAAGGAACAGACUGACCAUCCUCUCAGCUCAGUAAACACUCCUUAUAUACUCUUGGUGUUGCCUUUUAUUUGACAGUUUGUGAGAAAUUGCUACAUGGAAUAAACCACUUAUUAACAACACCAGUCAAUGUUUUCCAGAUUUUGAUACUGGCGCCAGCAUGGUAGCCUGUUGUAAUGUGUGAUGAAAAUGUCUUUAUCUUGAUAAUACAUAAAUGUUUUCUUCUUAGACGUUUCAGCAUAAUCAGAUGUACUAAACUGUGGUUGAGUAAAACACAGUCUGAAAAGGAAUUUAAAAUUUAAAUCAGAAAUGUCUGUUUUUUAUUGAUCAUCAGCAUUUAAGGAAGUGCCCAAAAUGUCUCAUGGUCUUCAGCCUGAUUAGUCAUGAGCUCAGAAAGUCUGAAUCACUGUCUCAAACCUUUUUUACCUUUUAGGAUUUUACACAAAAGGUAGGAUUUUUCUAGAAACUGUUGUGGGGAAUAUAUGGCAGCUACAGUUCAGUUGCUGUGAAAAUAAGGUUCUGUACACUGGUGUGACUACUUAAGUGUUUGUGUGUGCGUACGUGUGUGGGUAUGCGUGUAGUGAAUCUGAAUCUGAAUGGUGUUUUCCAGAAUUUCCAUGCAUUAUGUCGGCAAGAAUUUGCUCACUACAAGUGUUGAAUCCAAACAAAUGAUAGAUAAAAUACAAAUGAUCUCCUGCAAAUUCUUUAUUCUCUGACUAUUGCAACAAUUUACUGCAUAAUAAAGGUUUUCUAUACAAAUUUA